CGUACAACCCUAAUGUCACCACAUAGCUUCCUGGCUCGCCCACAUGACCGUGGGCCGCCUUACGUUCAACGCCCAAGCCUUAUCACUGCCCCACACCACGUACAACCCUAAUCGGAUAUUCCAUGACUACUUGGAUAAGUUUGUCAUCAUGUACCUCGAUGACAUACUUAUUUUUAGUAAGACUGUCGAGGAGCGCAUUGCACAUUUGGACAAAGUCCUCAGUCUCCUGCGACAGCACAAGUUCAAGAUCAAGGUUGAGAAGUGCGAGUUUGGCUGCACCUGUGUCUUGUACUUGGGUCAUGAGAUCUCCGCGGAAGGGUUAAAGCUCGAUGACGCGAAGGUGGCCAGCAUUCGUGAUUGGCCACGUCCUCAGUCUGUGACUGAGAUGAGAUCUUUCUUAGGAAUGACAGGCUACUAUAGGACUUUCGUUAAGAAUUAUAGCAUAGUGGCCGCUCCUUUGACUAAUCUGACCCGCCUUGACACCCCAUGGGAGUGGACAGACGAGUGCAAGGCUGCUUUCAGACAUCUGAAGCAUGCAUUGACACACUACGAGGUCUUGAAACUUCCUGAUCCUGACAAGCCGUUCAUAGUCACCACGGAUGCCAGCCAAUAUGGCAUUGGCGCCGUGCUCACGCAGCAGGAGGGGCCAAAGUUGAGGCCUGUAUAGACUAAUCAUCAGACCCUGAGAUGGAUGAGAACUCAACCCGAACUUUCUGAUGCACUGAAGCGUUGGAUCGAAGUCGUUCAGCAAUAUGACUUCGACCCCCAGUAUCUCAAAGGGGAGUACAACAAGGUGGCUGAUGCCUUGUCGUGUAGACCUGACUUUUCAAGUGCACUGAUUACUGAGUUCGACCUCACGGACAAUGUAACUCGCUCUUUGGUGGAUGCCUAUCGCGAGGAUCAGUUCAUGUCGGAGAUCAUACGCAGACUCGAGGCGAAGGACAAAAAGACCUCCGCCGAGUUUGAGUUGGUCAACAGUUUGCUAUUUCUUGAGAAGGCCAGGAAUAAACGGUUGUGCGUCCCAAAUAGAGAGUCUUUGCGUAGUUUACUUUUAGGAGAGUGCCAUGAUGCCACCGGCCAUUUUGGGUAUAAGAAGACCGCAGCCAACUUGUUGCAACGGUUCUGGUGGCCCACGAUGAUGCGGCAUGCUCAGCUGUAUGUGGAGACUUGUCAAGUGUGUCAACGAGACAAGCCACGUACUCAGGCUCCUCUUGGGCUUCUGAAGCCCCUUCCGAUUCCCGAACGGCCUGGUGAGAGUCUGUCCAUGGAUUUCAUGGAUACUCUGAUCACCACCAAGAGUGGGAUGCGUCACAUCUUCGUCAUCGUGGAUAGACUUAGUAAAUAUGCUAGGUUAGUAGCCAGGUCGAAAAAAGCAAAGACGGAGUACGUGAUCCGAAUGUUAAAAGAAAACUGGGUUAGAGACUUUGGUUUACCCAAGUCUAUUGUCAGUGACAUAUAUGUCAGGUUUACCAGCGAGUUGUGGAAGGCCGCUGCUGCAGAGCAGGGCACUCAAUUGCAAAUGACUCCUGGGAAUCACCCAGAGGCCAACGGCCAGGCCGAGCAACUGAACCGCGUUGUACAACACCUGUUGAGGCAUUACAUCAAGCCCAACCAGGUGGUCUGGGAUGAGAAGCUUGCUCUCAUCGCCAAUCUGUAUAACAAUGCGGUACACAGUGCCACUGGGGGAGUACCACAUCAGGAGACCCCCGGCCUGGUGUAUGCUCUUGAGCUCGCAAACAGCCGUCAUGGACCAGAAGUCCGGGAAACGGACGAGGCCUAUCAGGCCUGGAUGCUGCUUCUGAUUACCGAAGCCAAGCAACGGUCAGAUGCAGUAGCAGCUGCAGCAAACAAGAAGGCAGAGGACGCCGAGAAGGCACGUCUGUUGGCAAUUGAACAGCAGCGCCAGCAAGACGAGGCAACAGCAAAGGCUGCCGAUGAAGAACGACUUCAACGACGCGAGAAGAUAUUCAGCGCAGAGCGAGCUUUGCUCACAAUGGCAGCGGACUGGCGGGCCGAGGAUGCGAAUGGGAAGCUGGAAGAGAGUGGAAACAAGAUCGCUCUACUCCUCUCCCAUCUCACGAAGCUUCUGGCCACCUACUGCCAACGUUUUAUCAAGGGAUACUCGAACAUUGCGGCCCACUUGUCCAAGCUUCAAUGCAAGGAUCGGUCGUUUGACUUCGGGGAGGAUGCGUGGGAAUCAUUUUUGGCUCUCAAAGCCUCGCUAUUAUCUGUGGAGGCCUUGCACAUAUACGACCCGCUAUUGCGAACGCGCGUCACUAUGGAUGCGUCCGGCUAUGGCAUUGGUGUCGUACUCGAGCAACACGAUGGCGUGGACUGGCACCCGGUCGAGUACUUCAGCAAGAAAGUGCCCGUCGUGCACUCCAUUGAAGAUGCACACAAGGAGCUCCUAGCCUUCAUCCACGCGCUCAAGUGGUGGCGGCACUUCCUCCUUGGUCGAAGUCAAUUCCGAUGGGUAACGGACAACAAUCCGUUGGUCUUCUACAAGACCCAAGACACCGUCAAUAGCACCAUCGCCUGUUGGAUGGCUUUCAUCAACCAAUUCAACCUCUUUCCCGAUCACAUUCCCGGGAAGUCGAACCGUUUUGCGGAUGCUCUUUCACGGCGUCCAGAUCAUUGUACUGCAGUCUACUCGACCUUCGAGAUCUGCGACGACCUGCGGGACAGCGUAAUCCGCGGCUACCAAGCCAACCCCGAGCUUCGCGACAAGUACAUGAAUUGCUCCUCUCCUAAUCCCGCGCCUUCUCACUACCAAAUCCAAGAGGGGUACUUGCUUGUCCACACACGGGGGAAGGACCCUUUUUUGCGUACCGAGUGACUCUCACUUGCGUACACGGCUUCUUGGCGAGUUCCACGAUGCUCCCGCCACCGGACACUUUGGAGUCAAUCCCACGAU